AUGGCCAAACGUUUCAAGCUUCGAUUUUCUCUUCCCUCCCUCCAAUUCUGUCGUUCCAAACGAUCAUCUAUGUUGCCACAUAGUCCUUUGCCGGCGACGUUCAUGUUCUUUCCGGUGAACCCUAAAGCAUUCGACAUCACGUAUCCCAGCUUUCCAGACGCACCGCCAUCAACCCCCAAAAGUCCAAAUGAUCAUCACCCUUUAUUCCAACCCCGAGCUCCAUCAAAAACCACACCUGUCAGUGGCUCAAAAGAGUUCAAUAAAAAAGAACAUGACGGGAAAAUGUAUAAGUCGCCGGCUUCCGAUGAGUUUGACGCCAGCUUAUGGCCGGUUAUACCGCCAAAAGGCGAAAAGAAGAAGAAUAAAAAGACGAAAGAUAAACCCACAAAAAAGAAAUCACAAGCUAGUGUUUGUACGAGCAUUUCGUCGGCAGAAAGCGGUUGGUCGUUCACCAGCGAAGGUGGCGAUGAGGAAGAGACUGAAAGCCUAGUUUCAUCUUCUAGAAGUUUUGAUUCUUCGUAUGACUUCGGUUAUUCAUUAGGGACUAUAAGCGAAAGCUCCAUUAAUGGAGGAAGAAGAAAGAAAAAACAUAAUCUUAAGGUUCGGAGGUUGGGACGUUAUGCUUCUAAUACUUGGAAAAACGGUGAGAAAACAACAACAACAGCAGCACCGCCGGAAAAUGAAUCUCCAGUGAAGAAAUCAGUUUUCAGGAGACUGAUAUCGCCGUGCUCGGCGGAGGGAAAGGUGAACGAGAGCUUUGCCGUGGUGAAGAAGUCAGAAGACCCAUAUGAAGAUUUCAAGAGAUCAAUGUUAGAGAUGAUAUUAGAGAAAGAGAUGUUUGAGGCCAAGGAUUUGGAGGAACUCUUGCAGUGUUUUCUCUCUCUGAAUUCCAGCAACCAUCAUGCAGUUAUAGUUGAGGCCUUUGCAGAGAUUUGGGAGGUUUUGUUCAGCAAAUCCCCUAAGUCUUCGAGUGCUUCCAUUGGUUUUUGA